AUGGCGGACAUGGCCUCCCGGGUAGCCAGCCUAGAGAAGUCUGUCGCACAAGCUAGACAAGCCAGGUCUUCGGCCAUAAAUGCCACUAUCGCCGAGACUUCGACGGAUGUUCCUUCAGCGCCGCCCGCGGCGUUCGAUGCCAAUAGCGGGAACGAUAGAUCCCCAGAGGACAUAAUCGUCCAGAAAGGGUCGUCAACUCAAUACUUUAACGAAUCACUUCUCUCUGGUAUUAUGAAGCAAGAGCACAACAUCAAGAAUAUUCUUACACCGCCUCUCACAGGAUCACUGCCCGCUCCAGCGUCUUCCCCAUAUAAUGCGCAGGGGAUACUCUCGGCGCCGAUACUAUCAGUACCACCAGCUAGUCUUCAUCCACCUCAACAACUGGCGAUAAGACUAUGGAACCUUUUCGUAGAGAGUGUGGAGGUAAAAGUAUAUUCAACAAUCGACAACCCGUCGACGGCACCUUUAGAAAACCUGGCAUUAUGCUUCGCCAUUUACUUCGCGUCAACGAGCUCUCUCGACACCCCGAACCCUCAGAUAACCCUAGAACAGGAUUCACAUGCCCUCUUACUCAGGUUUAAGCUCGGCCUGGAACAGACUCUUGCCCAUGGAGACUUCUUAGACCAUCCGACUGUGACUGGACUCCAGGCAUUGGCAAUAUACCUGGCAGCCCUCCGAGUCCAAAACCGCGGCAAAGGGAUGUGGAUUCUCAACGGUCUUGCGAUCCGUAUAGCCCAGUCAUUGGGCCUCCAUCGCGAUGGGGAGCGCCUUGGCCUAUCUCCAUUCCAGUCCGAGAUGCGUCGACGCCUUUGGUGGCAUUUGGUCACGCGAGACAGCCGUGGAGGGGAGGACUACGGCCUAGAGAGUACCAAUAGCCUGUUAAUGGGGUCCGACGUUGAUCUACCUCGCAACCUUGAUGACACAGAUCUCCAUCCUGAACUGCAGAGCCUUCCUCCCGCGAAAAAUUACUGGACACCGAUGACAUUCUCAUUAAUCAAUAUAGACCUUACCAGGACGAUGCAAAAGUUGGCGGUCCUAGCUGCGUCAUCUUCGCCCUCAUGCCCUCCAAACGAAGCCGAAAGAGCCCAAAUAUUCAAAGAAACCAGGGAACGCAUCGACAAGUGGCUCCGAUUUUGCAAUCCGAUCAUACCUUUGCAAAAUCUAACGCUAUCCUGCUCUCAAUUCCUGCUUCGAAAGCGGGACUUCGUCACAAAACUCCAGUGGAUAUUACUGCAGCCUUCUCGCCCACAGGCAGACUUUGCCACUGAAGAGAAUCUUAUUGAAGCUUUGGAAAUUCUCGAGCCAAGGCUCUCCCUAGAACAUGGUCUGUUAAGCCAAUUCACCUGGAUUGAGAAGGCUUACCCGCAGUACCAUGUUGCGAUGUACAUAUUGUGGCAUUUGUGCGUCAGACCCGAAGGCCCCAAUAUUGACAGAGCAUGGCGCGCUGUGGAUGCAGUAUUUUCUCAGGAGACUGCCGAUAGUACCAGCUUCAGAUCGGGAUCCAAUUCGACCAUUCUAGUGGCGCUUAGAGCGAAAGCGAUAUCAGUKAAGGAAAAAGCCCGAAAGAGAAAAGAUAACGGGAGCGUGAGCACUGCUAACCGCAGUUCAGAACGCCCGUCUGAAGAAUAUCAAUCUGUCUUCGCAGGACCUUCUCCGUGUCUUCCUGGAGACGCGCUUGCAGACGAGCCUGGGCUGGAUUUUAGCAACGCCGAGUGGCCAGAUUGGUCAGCAGUGGUCCAGGACUAUCAGUUUGACCUUCCUAACUUCUUCUGGCAUUAG